UGUCAUUCCAUCACCAGUCCAUCGUCAUGCUGUCGCGAUUGUCGUUGCUCACGCUGAAAGCGUCCCCGGCUGUGCAUCACGCCCGUCGGUUCUCGUCUGCGCUUCCAUCUCUCUUAGGCCGCGAACUCGCGGAAGAGAAGGCCAACUGCUUUGUCGGCGAAGAGCUGGAAGCGCUCCGUGAAAAGGUGCUGGCCAACUUCAAGAUCCAAGACACGCCGGGUAACUUGGACAUUGUGCUGCUCAGCAAGUACAAGAACGAAGCGAUCGACGUCAAGUUCAAUUGCCAAGACGUGGCUGACGUAGCCGAGGAAGGCGGCGAAUACGACGAAGGCGAAGAAGACGAGGCGGAAGACGCCGGCGAGUUUGAGGACGACGUGUUGCCGUGCAUUCGGUUCACGGCCCGCAUCGUCAAGGACAACCACGCGUUGGUCUUUGACUGCGUGGCGAGCAGCGUGUUGACCGUGGAAGGCGUGAUGCACACGGAGACCGCGGACGACCUGAACGACUCGGACUAUGAAGGUCCGCGCUUCGCCGACCUCGAGGAAGACGUGCAGGAAGCGUUCGCCGACUACCUCAACGCCCGACACAUCAACGACGACCUGGCCAACUUCAUCACGCAAUUCUCCGACCUCAAGGAGCAGAAGGAGUAUGUGACGUUCUUGGAAAACGCCCAAAAGUUUACCGAAGCGUAAAAGUAGACUUGUAUUACUACAUCAUGUUGUUACUCAACA